AUGCGACUUCUUUCAUCCCUUCUAAUGAUCCUGCAAUCGCGAACUCUGAGAGUGAUAGCUCUCUCCACAAUAGAUUCAAACUCGGGGCAAUCAACGACAGCGACACUACCACUACGAAGCAGAGCCGACAGUAUUGAAUCAUCUGAUACUGCUCCAGUUAUAUCCAUGGAAACAUUGGACCGACGGAGAAUGCUUCAAGGAAGCUUUUCGGGUAUUCUUAUGCAAGUCUCCGCCUACUGUGGCUUAUUGUCCAUUUCGUCUCCCCUUCCUUCGCAUGCCUACACACCCGAUCCAGAUCCACUGAAGGAAUCCUUGUAUCUGAUAUGUCGCGUCCAGGAAGCAACCUGCCUCCAAGAACGCUACAUUAACAAAAAGUUGCCACCGAUCAAAAAGAUGAAAUUGACCCUACGGUUGGUAGAUCGAAGCUAUCGAUUGUUGGACCAAAUCAACUAUAUUUCCAAGUUCAUGGAAGCAGAAUGCGUCCAUGUCAAAGUGCACCUUGCAAAACAAGUGCAGUCAUGGUGUAGAUCUGCCUUUCUACUGAGCCAGCCAUGCAUAUGUUGUGCCCAUCACACCUUAAAUAGUCUCUGGAUAGUGUGUUGGCAGUAUGCGGGUAUGGUUGCAACUCUUAUUGACGAUUCACGGUUGAUUGUCUGGACUUGA